UCAAAGUUGGCCGUUGGUUAUUGGUUAUGCUGUGCUGUGCAUUUAUAUGUCAGCCGGCGAAUUGGUGGAAACAAUAGAACAAUGUUACUAUGAAAAUUUGUGAUUUAUUAUUAGUUACAUGCUAGUCAAGUAUAUUGCGUAAACGAUGGCAUUCCAUUACAAUAACGACAAUGUAUAUGUAGACUCUUUUACUCCAAGAGAGUAUCAGGUAGAACUACUGGAUAGAGUAAAGAACAGGAACACCAUUGUGUGCUCGAGCACCAGCUUUGGGAAGGCUUUUAUAGCUUUAAAGCUGGUGCAGGAGCUAUCAUGGCAGAUGCGGAAGGCUUGUGGAAGUAGGGUGUUCUACAUACUUGAUUCGCAGAAUCUGAAUGUUCUCCUGGAGCAGUUGAAACUUUUAACAGAUUUGAACUGUAUGAUAUUAGAUAGAUCAAUUACUAAAAUUGAAUGGGUUCAAAUGAAAGAGGAUUACCAUGUUUUCCUAAUGACUGUUGAUGGUUGUUUGCAGUUUAUAGCAAAUACGGAAGAAGACUUUUCAUAUUUAACUCUUCUAAUAAUUGAUGAUGGCUUAUAUGGUGAGAAACAAUAUAAGCUCAAUUCUAUUAUGGAUGUGUAUGAUAAAACAGUAGAUAAACCAAGAGUAUUAGGAUUAGUUUCUGGCUUGUUGGGUGAAGACCUGAAACCGGCAUAUUUGAAUGCAGAGAUUUUAAGGCUGGAAAAUUUGCUUAGAUCAACUGUGGAUACGUCUAGUGAAAUUGUUACACAGAUAAGAUUGAGUAGCAAACCUAAGGAAAUUAUAAUGGAAUGUGUUCAAUCUGUGGAGAACUCUUUGCAAACUUCAAUAAGGGAGACUGUUCUUGAUGCCAUCACCUUUCUGACAGAACAUCGUUAUGAUCCUAGUGAAAUUUAUGCUGAAGAAUUUUUAGAAGAAAUCCGCAAUGUUCCUGAUCCAAAAGAGAAACCGUUAAUGCUGUUGCAUGAUUUUCUUGCACUUUUGGAAGAGUUAGGUAGUUGGUGCGCCAAUCAGGCUGCAUUACAUAUCUUAGUUUUAGUAGAGAAAUUGAAAGUCAAAGUUGCAUAUGAAAGGCAUUAUUUGUUGCUAUGUGUACUGAGUACAAAAAUGAUGCAAAUUCGAGCUAUGUGCGAGGCUGAGAUGGAAGAUCUCGAAGACGAAAAACAACGUAUAUUGUGCAUGUCUACACAUAAAGUACUCAGGUUUAUCGAGGUUCUCAGGGAGAUGGGUCCACCGGAAUCAGAGAAACCCGUCGAGCCAGUAAAUCCACCUGUUGUUGAUGUAGUUCCACAUCCACCAAAAUUUGGAAAAAGACAAUAUAAAGGUCAACGUCGCAACUAUUACGCCAGACCUAACCAUGAGGACAGCAUAUGUGCAUUGGUAUUUGUGAAGAAUAGUUGCACAGCUAGAGUCAUUCAUAGUUUAUUAUCUAGUUUAGCACAAUGUGAUAACCAAUUUUGGUGGAUAGGUACUUUAUUCACUGUCGAUAAAAUUGCUGAUCCUAUAACGGAACCUAACGAAGCGGAGUUAGAGCAUAGGAAACAAGAAGAUGUACUGAGGAAGUUUCGCUCACACGAUUGCAAUGUUAUGAUUUCAACAGCAAUUUUGGAGCAAGGUUUCGAUCUGCCUAAAUGUAAUUUGGUGAUUCGUUUCGAUAUGCCUGGAACUUUCCACAGUUAUGUGCAGAGCAAGUCGAGAGCUCGUUCCCAGAAUCCUUAUUAUAUUACGUUAGUUUGUGAAGUGGAGCGUAAGUUAUAUCUUCAGAAGUAUGCAGAAUACAUGGAGGUUGAAAAAACUUUGUUGAUGAGAUGCGGUAUGAUAGAGUACAAAGAUGAGGAUGUCCGGACAUCUGAUCAGGUCUGCAACACGUACGCUCCAUACAAAACCGCACAAAAUGAGACGGUUAGCUUGACAACAGCAAUUCCGUUGAUUAAUCGUUAUUGUGCCAAACUGCCAAGUGAUACUUUUACGAAAUUAGUUCCUACUUAUGAUUUUGUAAAAGCCAUAGACUUAGUAGCUUGUAAACUUCGAUUGCCGAUUAAUUCUCCAGUAAAAGCAACUGUUUGUAGUCCCUUUGUUUCAAGCGAUAUAUUGGCAAGGCGGCAUGCUGCAUUCUACAUGUGCCAACUGUUGCACAAAUAUAAAGAACUUGACGACAACCUUAAUCCAAUUACCAAAGAAAAUUUCCGAGCCACUGAAGAGGAUUGGAAUGAUUUUAGUUUAGAGAAGGAAGAUGAAGAAUUAAGUUUGGAACAUAUCGAGCAGAGGCCUGGAACAACAAAACGAAGACAGUAUUAUUAUAAAAGGAUUGCAUUUUCCCUACAAGAUUGUUUACCCUAUUCCAACAAAUCCACAUAUUUUUAUAGAAUUGUGAUGACCCUUACCUGUCCUAUUCCUGAAGAGCAAAACACCAGGGGACGGAGGAUUUAUCCUCCAGAAGAAUCCGCCCAAGGUUUCGGAAUUCUAACAUGCAAAGAAAUACCACAACUUUGUCCAUUUCCAAUAUUUACGAGAUCUGGCGAAGUUAAAAUAAGUUUAGAACUUUGCAAUGAAGGUGUUAAUUUGAGUGAAGAACAAUUACAUAAAAUUAGCGAAUUCUUAAAUUAUACGUUUACAAGUGUUUUACGUUUACAAAAAUACCAAAUGCUUUUUGAUCCUAAACACACUGAUAGCAGCUACUAUAUUGUACCAACAAUCACUGAUGACGAGAAAACUGAUGUUGACUGGGAUUUCUUAAAUAAGAUUUAUCAAAAUCGAGAUGUCCUUCCAGAAAGUAUUCCAGAUGAAAACCGAGCCAAUUACGAAUUUGAUCCUGCGAAAUAUAAAGAUGCUGUAGUUAUGCCGUGGUACAGGAAUCAAGACCAACCACAAUACUUUUACGUUGCAGAGAUAUGCUCUAAUCUAAAUCCAACUUCCACCUUCCCAGGUUCGGAAUAUUCCACAUUUCAGGAAUAUUAUUUGCGUAAAUAUAAUUUGGAUAUACAGAACGCCGAUCAGCACCUUUUAGACGUGGAUCAUACAUCAGCGCGUCUGAACUUUUUGACACCUAGAUACGUAAAUCGCAAGGGCGUUGCUUUACCAACGAGUAGCGAAGAAACCAAAAAGGCUAAACGAGAAAACUUAGAGCAGAAACAGAUUUUAGUACCUGAACUGUGUGCAAUACAUCCUUUCCCUGCCUCUUUGUGGCGAAAAGCUGUCUGCCUUCCAUGUAUUUUAUAUCGCAUAAACGCUCUGCUCUUGGCUGAUGAGAUACGAAGAACAGUCGCAGAAGAUAUUCAUUUGGGUAAACCCAUCUUACCGAGGUCAUUUAAUUGGCCUUCAUUGAACUUUGGUUGGUGUCUUUCUGACGUUUUGAAAAAAUCUAAAGAGAAUGAAUUAUCAAAUGAUAGUGUACAAGCUGCUGAAGAAGUUCUGGAAGACAUUAUUCUAAGAGCAGUUAGUAUAUCGGAAGAGAAGGUUAAAGAGGAGGAGUUGGAUAUAGAAACCAUUGAACGAAAUAGCGAUGAUCCUGAAUGGAUCGAGAUAGGCACUUGGUCAAAUGAUAUGGUGGGCAAAGAUCAAGCUAUUAAAUCAACGGUACGCUAUGGAUCUCCUACUAGUUGGAUGCAUAGCACAUAUGGAUAUAACGAAUACGACGAUUUUUCUGAUACGGAUAGUUAUUAUAGUGAAGAGUCUGAAGGAGAGACAAACGACUCUCAAUGUGGAGGAUUGCACAUUGAAUUUCAAGGAGAAUAUUUGGCUGAAGCCGUUGAUAAUACCACUGAGCCAACUACAACCCCGCAAGAUUACAUCUUGUCCAAAGCAUGGGAGACUGAGCCUCACGUUUCAGAGCAAUUGGAAAGCGACUUCAUCGAAGCCUGCGAGGGUCAUAUUACUAUCAUGAAUACACGCAUGGUUUUAAAAUCAGACGAACCAUUCAAGAUGACUGGCAUACAAAUCAACGAUAGAGAUUUGAUCAAAGUAGAGAAUGAUAACCAGAAGAGUGAUAAUUACAAUUUUGAAAGGAAAACAGUUGAGACGAUACCAAAUAUUAGACCAAAACCCCAGCUCACAGGUUUCAGCUUUGAUAAGCAACCUAAUUUGGAAGAGCAUCCUGGUCCUAGCCCGAGUGUCAUUCUUCAGGCUUUAACAAUGUCAAAUGCUAACGACGGAAUCAAUUUAGAACGGUUGGAAACUAUUGGCGAUUCAUUCUUGAAAUAUGCAAUAACCGAUUAUUUGUAUUCAAAAUAUGAGUACACACACGAGGGCAAGCUCAGCCAUUUGAGAUCAAAGCAAGUUAGCAAUUUAAACUUAUAUAGAUUAGGAAAACGUAAGCAAUUGGGAGAUAUGAUGAUCGCCACUAAAUUUGAUCCGCAUGAUAAUUGGCUGCCGCCUUGUUACUGCGUGUCCAAAGAGCUGGAAGAAGCUCUGAGCAAGGCUCGCAUCCCCGCCAACUAUUUAACAUUGGCGGAUUAUGUGGCUACUAGGAAUAUGAGCCUGCAAGAAAUUUGUUUGAAAAUUCAAGAACAGGGCGAGAGCGUCGUAGAUUUUGCUUCUGGUAUAAUCCCAUACAAUCUGGUCACGCAACACAGCAUCCCAGAUAAAAGCAUUGCCGAUUGCGUGGAAGCAUUGAUCGGUGCCUACUUGAUUGAAUGUGGACCAAGAGGUGCGCUGCUAUUCAUGGCUUGGCUAGGUAUCAGAGUGUUGCCGAAGUUCGAGGAUAACAGCUACGGCGAAUUAGCUGUACCUAAUUCACCGUUGAUCAGAUACGUUCCAGAUCCAGAUGCCCGUCUACUAAUUCUCCUAGAUGGUUACGAGAAGUUCGAACGCAUUUUGGAUUACGAGUUCAACGAUCGCUCGUAUUUGCUGCAAGCUUUAACGCACGCUUCUUACUCUCCAAACAACAUCACAGACUGUUAUCAACGGUUAGAAUUCUUAGGCGAUGCUGUCUUGGACUACUUAAUUACUAGACAUCUAUACGAAGAUAAGAGGAUGCAUUCGCCAGGAGCACUCACUGAUCUUAGAUCUGCAUUAGUAAACAAUACAAUUUUCGCCUCUCUGGCUGUCAAGUACAGCUUUCAUAAGUAUUUUCGAUACCUCUCUCCAGGUUUGCACCAGGUCAUAGAGAAAUUCAUCAAGAUUCAAGAAAGAGGUGGACACAAGGUCAGUGAAGAGUUAUUUUUACUGGAUGUAGAGGAGAGUGAAGAAGUCGAAGACGUUGAGGUUCCCAAAGUGUUAGGUGAUGUAUUCGAGUCCGUCGCUGGUGCGAUAUUCCUAGACUCUGGUAGGUCUUUGGAUGAAGUAUGGCGUGUUUACUACCAAAUGAUGAAGAACGAGAUCGAGCAGUUUAGCGACAAAGUACCGAAGUCGCCUAUUAGAGAGCUUCUGGAAUUGGAACCAGAGACUGCAAAGUUUGGAACUGCCGAGAAAUUAGCAGAUGGUCGCAGGGUCAGAGUCACGGUGGAAGUCUUCGGGAAGGGCGUGUUCAAGGGAAUUGGUCGCAACUACAGAAUUGCUAAAUGUACGGCGGCGAAAUGCGCACUGAAGCACUUGAAGAAGCAGACUCUAAGGUUAAUAUGAAUUCGAUUUCUUUUUAUAUAUAUAUAUGUUUAUAUUGAUUCUAUACUUCUUACCUGUGAUCUCAUUUUAUUUUAUUAUUUUUUAUAUUCGUGUAUGUAGGCACAUCACAUUCUCUAUACUUGUAUGUGCAUACAACACAUUCAAAUAAUAUUUUUUAUUUAAAUGUUUUCUAUAAAAAAAUGAACACCAAAUUUUAUAUAAACAAA